CACGUAUCAAAUCUGGAGAAGAAUGUUGGUUCGUUGAGUGCAACGAACGAAUUUCUUGAGAGACAAUUGAAGGACUCGAAAACUGAAGUGACCCGUCUUAAAGAGGAAUUGGAGAAGUGCGGAAAAGAAAUAAAUGACCUGAAAAGUGAGAUCGAGAAGGGCGAACAGCGCUUGGCGGAAUGCGAGAAUAAAGCUGAGUUGACGAGUCGUUAUUUGGCCGAUGAAAACAGCAAAAUUAAACAACAAAAAGCUGAGAUCAGAUGUGAAUUAAUUGCUCUGAAACGAGAAUACGCGAAACUUCGUGAUACGACACAAACCACAGCGAAUGAGGUAAUUUCGUUACAUUAG